UGCACAUCAUAGAUUAUGUGCAUGGCAUCUGAUUCGCAACGCAACAAGUAACAUUGGCAAGCCCCAGUUUACAUCCAUGUUUAGAAAGUGUAUGCUAGGCGACUAUGAAAUUGAUGUAUUUCGUCAAAAGUGGUUUGAAAUGGUUGAGAGAUUUGGUGUCGAAAACAAGAAUUGGGUCCUAGAUAUGUAUAAAAAGAGACAUUCAUGGGCAACUGCACAUAUAAGAGGGAAGUUUUUUGCUGGUUUUCGGACUACUUCUCGGUGCGAGGGAUUAAACUCGAUCAUUGCAAAGUAUGUCAACUCAAGGUACAAUCUGGUUGAGUUCAUUCAACACUUUAAUCGUUGUGUCGACCAUAUAAGGUGGAAAGAGGUCCAGGCUGACCUCGCCUCUGUGAAUGGGAGACCCAUUAUGCAAACCUGUUUUCAACAGUUAGAGAGGAGUGCUGCCAAUGUUUACACCCUAUCAAUAUUUCAUAUGUUCCAACCAAUCCUUGUACGGGCUGCAUCAAUGAAGGUAAUAAAUAUGAGGCAAACUGGCUCUUAUGUGAUUUACUCUGUCGGUUUGGACCAAACGCCAAAUGAGAUGUGGCGUGUAUUCUGUUGUGACAUUGAGAUGGAAUUCAAUUGUUCAUGUAUGAGAAUGGAAUCAUUUGGCAUACCUUGUGAACACAUAGUUUGCGUCUUGGUGCAUGAAGAUAUAGAGGAGUUGCCAAGGUCAUUAGUCUUGCCUCGGUGGACCAAGACUGCCAAAGUGGGUUUGCAAAAUGCGGUUGGGCUUCAUUGGGAUUCUUUGAUGCUAAGUCAGUACGGUUGUUUGAUGGAUUGGUUUAGACAACUAGCCAACUUUGCUUGCCGAGAUAACGAGAGAUUUAUCUUUACACGGGAAAUGGCUAUGAAUUUGUUGAAACAAUUUAAGGAGGAAGAUGCUGCACAAAAAGGGGGGGUCAAUGAUGCAGAUAGUGUAAGAGAUGGUGUGCAAGUGGAUGCUUCUGGAGCUGGGCUUGCAACCAAUGAUCUCGGACAUAGCAUGCCAAGGGACCCAAGAAAAUGUAGGACAAAAGGGGGGGCUUCACAGUCCAAUAAAAGAAAACAUCGAUGUGGACAUUGUGGCAUGGAGGGCCACAAUCGAACAACUUGUCGUGUUCGUCGUGGCAUCUCACAGUCAGAAGGCCUUGGAAAUGACACAUUUGAUAAUGACUCGGAUGACCACAUGAACAUUGAAGAUGACUCAUUUGUAUAUGAUGAGAGUGCUUCCUACAGUAGCAAUGAGGUGCUGUAAUAAGCUUUUGCGAUGGUUGAUGUUGUUCGUGUUUAUAACUAAAGGUUGAGGUUCGUACUCUUGUUAUGGCAUCAUAGAAAUGUGAAGCAUUUGCUUUUUUAUUCCAUCAUAGAAAUGAAAAAAGAAAAAGGUAUCUUGGUUGAUAUAUGUGGAGAUCAUAUCUCCGAUGAUCUGUCAAAAUAAAUGGAACUUGAUUUGCUGCUGGAUUUUGUGUUUUCUAGUAAAUGAUGACUUAAAAGUAACUGUUGUUUCUGUUGAUCCAAGGUGAACCAUAUGCUUGAGGAAAAUUAUAUGCUUUUACUAUUUCUAGGCUAGGAUGUUUUCAUCUCUGAUGAUAUGAUUUUCACUUUACACUUCUGCGCUUGUCAUAGUAUUGUUUAAUCUAUAAUGCUUGUCAUAGUAUUUAAAAUAUUAAUCUAUAAUGCUUGUCAAUUAUCUAAGU